AUGCCCGCCCCGAGUCUUAACGUAACAAUUCCAGAGUAUGGUCAUACAGGAAAUGGACAUGUAAUCAUUUCCACAGCUAGAAAAUAUGAUGAUCUAUAUUUCUCUCGAAUUACUGCCAUACCUUACAAAGUUAAAUGUUCAAUUCCAUUGAAAGUUGGACGCAAUUUUGAUAUUUUCUUCACAUUAUCUAUUGUGUACUUGUCUCUCGGAUAA